UCUAGAGAAAGUAGGCCAGAUCUGACAGUGUAACAAUUCACAACCCUAAUCAACGCUUCAGAGCAUCACCCAAUCCCAUUCACACACCUACAAUCUCUCAUAAAAACCAAACCAAUGGCUGAACUGGUGCUUUCUGCUUUCCUGGGUGUGCUCUUUGAGAAGCUGGCCUCUGCAGCUGUCAGAAACAUUGCUCGCUACAACGGAAUCGAUGCUGAGAUCAAGAAAUGGCAGAGAUGGUUAAACCAGAUCCAAGAUGUGCUUACUGAUGCUUCUCACAAGGAGCUAACCAGUAAAUCUGUGAAAAGGUGGCUCAAUGAUCUCCAACAUCUGGCUUAUGACAUAGAUGACGUACUCGAUGAUUUGGCAACCCAAGUUAUGCAUAGUGAGUUCACCCGCGAAUCAGAAGCCAUCACCAACAAGGUAAAAAAGCUAAUCCCAAGUUGUUGCACACAGAGUACUAGGACACAUGAAAAGUUAGAUAGUAUUACCGCAAAGUUACAAGAUCUAAUAGAGGAGAAAGCUACUCUAGGUUUGAGUGUGAAAGUGGAAACUAGGCCACAAAAUACAAAUAGAAGAUUAAAAACCUCCAUAGCUCAUGCAUCUAUUGUUGGACGGCAAGUUGAGAAAGAGGCAUUAGUCCGCAUGUUAUUGAAGGGUGAACCAUGUGAUCAAAACUUUACUAUUGUUCCCAUAGUUGGUAUGGGUGGGAUUGGUAAAACUCAUCUAGCUAGACAUUUGUAUCACGAAAAGCAAGUUCAGGAUUACUUCCAACUCAAGGCAUGGGUUUCUGUUUCAGAUGAGUUUGAUAGCUUUGGUAUAAGCCAAGUUAUCUAUCAAAUUUGUGACAGAGGUACACAAGGAAUUUGCAGAUUUAAAUCUGCUUCAACUAGAGCUUAUUAAUCACUUGUUGGCCCGUUUCAUGCUUGUGCUCCCGGAAGUAAAAUUAUCAUGACGACACGGAAGGAACAGUUGCUCAAACAAUUGGGUUACGAUCAUCUAACCAAUCUGCAGAUCCUGUCACAUGAUGAUGCUCUUUCUUUAUUUGCUCUACAUGCAUUAGGUGUAAAUAAAUUUGAUUCACAUUUGGCACUCAAACCACAUGGUGAAGCUAUUGCAAAAAAAUGUGAUGGCUUGCCUUUGGCUUUGAUAUCAAUUGGGAGAUCACUAAGAACAAAACACGACGAUGAUUCUUGGAGGAAAGUGGUAGAAAGUGAGAUAUGGAGGUCAAAAGAUGAUGUAAUUGUCCCGGCUCUUAGACUAAGUUACCAUGAUCUUUCUGCACGUUUAAAGCAGUUAUUUGCAUACAACUCCUUGUUCCCUAAGAACUUCGUGUUUGACAAAGAGGAAUUGGUUUUGUUAUGGAUGGCAGAAGGAUUUUUGCACCAUCCAACUCCAACCGAUUCAACAGCAGAAAACGUAGGUCAUGAAUACUUUGACGAGUUGUUAUCAAGGUCUUUUUUUCAACAUGCACCUAAUAACGAAUCACUUUUUGUGAUGCAUGACCUGAUGAAUGACUUGGCGACAUCUGUUGCUAGUGAGUUUUUUAUAAGGGUAGACAACGAGACAGAGAGGAGUAUUAGGAAGGAGAUGAUGGAGAAGUAUCGCCAUAUGUCUUUUGUUCGUGAGAAAUAUGUAGCUUACCAGAAGUUUGAGGCAUUCACAAGAGCCAAAAGUUUGAGGACAUUCUUGGCAACAUGUGUUGGGGAGGUAAAAAGUUGGUCAUUUUUUCACUUAUCGAAGAAGAUUCUCGUUGACUUGCUUCCUGAGUUACCAAUGUUAAGGGUUCUGUGUUUAAGUGGUUUUUGUAUAAGUGAGGUACCAGAGUCCAUUGGUGCAUUAAGACACUUGAGGUAUCUUAGUCUAUCUCAAACUGAAAUCACACAUCUACCAGAAAAUGUCUGCAAUCUCUACAAUUUAGAGACGCUGAUCUUGUUUGGUUGUAGGAGUUUAGCUAAGUUGCCGAACAACUUCUUAAAGCUAAAAAAAUUGCGGCAUCUUGACAUUAGGGACACACCGCUUUUGGGUCAAAUGCCGUUAGGGAUUGAGGAGCUGAAAAGCCUACAAACUCUCUCAAAAAUCGUUAUCGAAGGUAAAAGUGGAUUUGAAAUAGCCAAAGUUAAAGAAUUCAAGAAUCUAUGUGGGAAGUUUUCCAUUGUAGGUUUGGACAAAGUUGAAAAUGCAAUUCAUGCACGUGAGGCGAACUUUUCACAAAAGAGGCUUAGUGAAUUAGAGCUUGUAUGGAGUGAUGAGCCGUAUGGUUCAAGAAAUGAAGUGCUUGAAAAGGAGGUCCUAACUGAGCUCAAACCUAGUAAUGAUAAGCUAAUACAACUAAAAAUUAGGUCAUAUGGGGGAUUACAAUUCCCAAAUUGGAUUGGGGAUUCUUUGUUUCUUCAUUUGAAGCAUGUGUCAAUAAGCGGUUGUGAAAAAUGUACAUAUCUGCCGCCACUUGGGCAGCUACCGUUACUUAAGGAGUUGUUUAUUGAAGGCUUAUACAAGGUGGAAGUUGUGGGUUUAGAGUUACUUGGUACUGGUCGUGCAUUUCAUUCACUGGAAAUUAUAAGUUUAAGAAGUAUGCGCGGGUAGAAGAAAUCAGAAAUGGUCAAUGAAUAGUGGGGUUGUGUUUCCAUGCCUGAAACAACUUCUUAUAAGAGAUUGCCCUAACUUGGUUGAAGUCACACUUGAAGCAUUACCUGACAAUGAGUUUUCAAAUUUGAGCUCGUUAAAGGAACUAUCAAUAAUAAAUUGUCCAAGUCUGGAUGCUUCUUUUCCUCGUGGGGUUUGGCCUCCCAAGUUGUGUUACUUAAAAAUAGGGAAGCUGAAGAAGCCCGUCUCAGAGUGGGGUCCACAGAAUUUUCCAACCUCACUUGUCCAUCUACACUUAUACGGUGACGCCGGAGUGACUAGUUGUAGCCAAUUUUCUCAUUUUCUUCCUUGGUCGCUUACUUAUCUAGAAAUAAAUGAAUUCGAGAAGUUGGAAUCAUUUUCAAUGGGAUUCCAACACCUUCAACAUCUCUUUUUUCACAAGUGCCCGAAUCUGAAUAAACUCUCACAUCCCCAGCAGCACCUCACCUCCCUCCAACAUCUUUGUUUUUGACAUUGCCCAAACAUGAUCGAUCUACCCGAAGGGUUGUUGCCUUCACUUUUGAGUUUGAUCAUCUCAUCUGGGGUAAUUGCCCAAAUCUCAAAGAAAGAUGCAGUAAACCAGGUUGUUACUGGCCCCUCAUCUCCCAUAUCCUCUGUAUCGACAUAUGAAUUAUUUAGAAUUAUAUAUUGUUUUUUUUUUUUUUUUGAACAAACUCUUUUUAAUACGAUCACAAUAGUUGUU